CACAGAGCCACCUAUCAGAUGAGCGUAUACAAUGGGCUUAAAAUACCAACAAAACUUAUUUUCGUAACUUAAUCGUUUUAUUUUGCACUUUAGACAAACGUUUCGUGUCGUUGCGAGGACAGUGGCGUUUACGUGCGCAACGUUAUGCUUGAGUUUUAACCAAUUGUUGUGCGAGCAAAAACCGAGAUUGCCUCAGCUGGUUUAGCAGCCAGUCGAACUCUCAGUGUUUCUUCAUUCAUCAAAACCUUACCAGCACAUUUCUGGACUUAUCCAACUUCUAUACGCUUUUGAUAUUCUGGACAGGACUGGGUCGCCACCCCUUGUCACAGCGCCAUGGCUGACAGCAGCAUAGUUACUUUAGGGCCAGGCCGCAGCCUGCUGGUGGACUCCUCCGUAUACGACUCCCGGAUGGCCGAGACCUCAAAGGAGCAAUUUUUCAUGGGUCUACAUGCAGACGAGACAGAGGAUGUUUUGCCCAGAGUUGAGACCAGGGUGGUGUUGGUGGGGGAGGCCGGCAACAUUGCAGAACUUGAGAAAGCUCUUCAGGCCAUCACAAUAAUGGAAGUCCCUGUGGUAAAGAUUAAAGAAGGGCAGCCGGGCACAGAGGCGUGUGAGAAAUUGAUAAAGUCUAUAGUCAAUAUGGGUAUAAACACCCCCUGUAUCAAGACUGACAAUGUCAGAGAUUUUGGUGACGGCGAGAACUGCGAGUUCGAGACCGUGUUUGUGUUGAAAGACUUCCAGGCUCCCGAAUACAGCUUCCUGUACAAGAAUGACAACCGUAUCCUGGGGCCUCCUGCCGUGAUGCACUGUGCCAGCAAGGGAGAGCCUCUGCCGUUCUCCUCCAGGCCUCUCUACUCUAUGACCAUGCUCAACUUGUCUCUCUGCUUCACCGGAUUCCGUAAAAAAGAUGAAGUGGUUACCCUGGUAAAUCUCGUCCAUCACAUGGGCGGCACCAUCCGAAAAGACUUUGACAGCGCUAAAGUCACACACCUCAUCGCCCGUUCAACACAUGGUGAAAAGUACAGGUUGGCAGUGUGCAUGGGCACACCCAUCCUCACCCCUGAAUGGAUACACAAGGCAUGGGAGCACAGAGAUGACAUUAAUUUCCAUGCAGGCAACGAGGAGUUCCGCACCGAGUUUAAGGUCCCUCCGUUUCAGGACUGCGUCCUGAGCUUUCUGGGCUUCUCUGAAGAGGAGAAAACCAACAUGGAGGAGAGGACGCAGAAACACGGUGGACGGUUCCAGGCAGUGGGUGAUGCAAGGUGCACCCACUUGGUAGUUGAGGAGAACUCCAUUAAAGAACUGCCCUUUACUCCCUCCAAAAGGCUCUAUGUAGUGAAGCAGGAGUGGUUUUGGGGCAGUAUACAAAUGGACGCCCGUGCUGGGGAAAUCAUGUACUCUUAUGAAAAGCCGGAGAGUCCUGUGAUGAAGAAGGCUGUGUCUCUGCUGUCUCUCACGACACCCAACAGUGGCCGGAAACGUCGCCGUCUUAGAGAAACAUUGGCUCAGCUCACCAAGGAGACAGAGAUUUCUCCCUUCCCACCGCGCAAGAGACCCUCAGCUGAGCACUCCCUCUCCAUGGGCUCCCUGCUGGACUUCUCCAACACACCUGACACCUGCAAAUCCAGUGGAGAGCGCAGGUGCAGGAGGAGCAGCGGUAGGCGGAGGAGUGCCAGACAGAGUAGAUCAGAGAAACAGUGGCCACUGCAGCGUACCAGCACUCCUGUGUGCAGACAGGAAACAGACCAGACAGAGAAUGCCAAACCCCCCAAAAGCUCAACUCCCGCCCUUCCUAAGCAGUCAGCGCGCUGGCAGGUCUCCAAGGAGCUCUACCAAACUGAGAGCAACUAUGUUGAUAUCCUGGCCACGGUCCUGCAGCUCUUCAAAUACCCCCUGGAGAAAGAGGGGCAGGUGGGCGGCCCUAUUCUAGCUCAGGAAGAGAUCAAGACCAUUUUUGGCAGUAUUCCAGACAUCUAUGAAGUGCACACGAGAAUAAAGGCGGAUCUUGAGGAGUUGGUGAUGAACUGGUCUGAAGAGAGGAGCGUUGGAGACAUUAUCCUGAAAUAUUCUAGAGAUUUGGUGAAGGCCUACCCACCAUUUGUCAACUUCUUUGAGAUGAGCAAAGAGACCAUAGUCAGAUGUGAGAGACAGAAGCCGAGGUUUCAUGCGUUCCUGAAGAUUAAUCAGGCUAAACCCGAGUGUGGCCGUCAGACUCUUGUUGAACUUUUGAUUCGUCCUGUGCAGAGACUGCCAAGUGUUGCCCUCUUGCUGAACGAUAUAAAGAAACAUACAUCAGAUGACAACCCAGAUAAAGUGACCCUGGAAAAGGCUAUCGAGUCUCUCAAGGAAGUGAUGACCCACAUAAAUGAGGAUAAAAGGAAAACAGAGGGACAGAAGCAGAUUUUUGAUGUUGUUUAUGAAGUGGACGGCUGCCCUGCCAAUCUGUUGUCGUCACAUCGGAGUCUGGUUCACAGGGUGGAGACCAUCGCUCUGGGAGACAAACCCUGCGAUCGGGGAGAACAUGUCACACUCUUCCUGUUUAACGACUGUUUGGAGAUUGCCAGGAAGAGACACAAGGUCAUAACCACUUUCCGGAGUCCAUUGGGUCAGACGCGGCCACCCGCCCAGCUCAAACACAUAGCCCUGAUGCCUCUGUCCCAGAUCAGAAGAGUCCUUGACAUCCAAGACACAGAAGAGUGUCGGAACGCCUUCGCCCUGGUGGUACGUCCUCCUACAGAACAGGAGAACCUGUUAUUCAGUUUCCAGCUGACGGCCGAAGACACCCUCAAAUCCACCUGGCUCAAAACACUCUGUCGUCAAGUGGCCAACACGAUUUGCCGAGCUGAUGCGGAAGAUCUCAUUCAGAGCACCGAUCCUGACUCCGUCCAAGUGAGCACAAAGGACAUGGACAGCACACUCAGCCGAGCAUCCAGGGCCAUCAAAAAAACGUCAAAGAAGGUCACGAGAGCUUUUUCUUUCACUAAAACCCCCAAGCGUGUGCUUCAGAGGGCGUUUAUGGCCAAUGGUACCCCAGAUGAGAGGAGUCCUGGCCCAGAUGCCGAUCACAUGGGCCGAAUGUUCAGCAGCUCCACACUGGCUGCUGUUCAUUCCCCAUCGAUGAUCAACCUGUCCUCCGCCUUCGAGAGGAAGUAUCAUACCUUCAGCCGAUCCACAACUCACCUGUUCUGAACUUUGCAUCCUGAGUUGUCAUUAAUUUCCACACUACUACCAAGUCCGCCCGACGCCUCCAGCCCAAGACCCCCCACCUGGGUUUAAUUUGCAGCUCCAGAACCCACCAAAUGAAGUACAGCUUGUGUUGAUGUCAAUGUCUGGGCACAUUUAAUUAACCUUUAAGAGGCAUUUAUAACUGACAUGUUCUGAUUUUUAUUAGAGGGGUAGAGUAUUUACACUGUUAUUAACCACUGAAAGUAUUUCUUAAUGUUUUGCAAGACAGGCCCUAAUCUAAACUAAUCUAGUUUUCAGCUUUUAUAAAGCUAUACACAUCUAGCUGUUGCAUUUAAGUGGAAAUGCACUGCUUUAAACGCGGCCUUACAUUUGUGCGUACUUUUAGAAGUGAUUUUUAUUGUUGAUUUAGGGGUAUUGAUUUCUAAAAGUCAAAAGAGUUGUUGCGGUCCGCCUGCCAUAUUUAUUCUCCAGAAUCACUUCUAUAAAUAGUUUAUGUAAAUCUUUCUUUCCGUCUCUAUUUAUGUGUAAAUAUUGUGAUUGUGUCAUAUUAAUAAUAGUUUGUCUCCACUGCUUGUACCUUUUUGUAGUCUCUGCACUUAUGUCAACACGAAAUGUAGUCAUGUUUCACGUUUGUCUGUAAAAGGGAAUCAUAUGUCUGCCUGCUGCAGAUUUGUUUGGAGUGGGUGGUUUUGUUAUUGUUUGACUACUUUUGAAGGUGACUUCAUUUAUUCUAUAUUAAUAAAAGAAGCAUAAAGCCUU